CUGCCAACUGCGAAAAUUCUUCCCCCAACACUCGCAGCGCACCGCCAGCAGGCCUCGCGCGCCGCCAUGGAGCCUCCGCAGCCCGCCAUGGAGCCGCCAGGGACGGUGCAGCCGUGUCUCAGCGCGGCCGCCCGUCUGUUUCCGCCGUGACCAGCGUGUUCCAAACAGACAGCCAGCCAAUCUGCCCGCCGGCCAAUCCGCGCUGCUGGAUGCGGCGUCGUGCUGGCCAAUCACGCCGCGGCCAUCCCUGUUAUUCAUCGCGCGCAUCAGCCCUCGUUGAGGCACCCGUUCCGGCACCACUGGCGUCAUACCGCCCGGGGUCAACCACUUUUUCAAGCCCUGCAGCAGAACCUCAGUUCUCCACCGAGCUCGUCGUACGAGCACGACCAUCCUCCUCCACCGCACACCAUGUUGACCUCUGCCAUGGCCGCCGUGGCCAGCCACCCUCUGACGACGCGCGAGGCCCUCAGCGGCAUCUGGGGCUCUAUCAGCCUGUGCGCCUGGAUCUUCCUGCUGGUCCCCCAAUUGAUUGAGAACUACAAGUCCGGCUCCGCAGACGGCAUCUCGCUUGUCUUCCUCGCCAUCUGGUUCAUUGGCGAUGUCACCAACCUCGCCGGCGCGCUGUGGGCCGGCCUUGUGCCCACCGUCAUUGCCCUGGCCAUGUACUUCUGCGUCGCAGACCUGAUCCUCAUCUCCCAGUGCGUGUACUACAACACCAUCAACGCCCGCCGCAACGCCCGCAAGACCUCGACGCAGUCGGCCGUCUCCGUCGAAGCCCCCCUCCUCGGCCGCCGCGACAGCUCCAACGUCGGGCUUCCGGGCUCGCACCGCCGCGACAGCCAGGCCUCGCGCCGCCGCCGCGCCUCGUCGCUGCCCACCAUCCUCGACGUCGAGGACGAGCCCAGCGAGUGGAUGAAGAACGCUCUCAGCAUCUUCGGCGUCAUGGCCGUCGGCGCCGCCGGCUGGGCCCUCGCCUGGAAGAGCGGCGUGUGGCUGCCCCAGCCCACCGACACCGAGGACGCGGCUCCCAUCGCCCUCGGCGCAGAGAUCCUGGGCUACGCCAGCGCCAUCUGCUACCUCGGCGCGCGCAUCCCGCAGAUCAUCAAGAAUCAGCGCGAGCGCUCGUGCGAAGGACUCAGUCUGCUGUUCUUCAUGCUGAGUCUGCUCGGCAACGCCACCUAUGGUGCCGGCAUCUUGUUCCACUCCACCGAGCGCGAGUACUUCAUCACCAACCUGCCGUGGCUGAUUGGCUCGCUGGGCACAAUGGUCGAGGACGCCGUCAUCUUUGUGCAAUUCCGCGCGUUUGGCAGCGGCGAGGCCUCGUCCGCCCUGGAGGCGUAGGUGCUACCUACUUGUUUGUCGCGGCGUUUGGGCGUGGCCAGGCUCGGCCACUAAAAGUAUGCGUCUGCUUUGAUACGACGCAUGGCGAUACCCAGUCAGGUGGACUCCAGGGUUUGUUGUUUGCAGCACUGUAUAUACGUUGUGUUACACUAUAGUCCGCAUUGAAUGUAUUUAUACACAACUC